AUGGUAAAGGAGGAUAUUGUAAAUGCCAAUGAAGAUUCUGAGCCAUCAGUAUGUGAGAGUAAUGGCAUGAUUCCCAUGCACGAGAAAAGUGAGGAAGGACCAACAGCAGAUGCCAAAGGUACUGAUGGGAAUAUACAAACAGAAGAAACUGCUCUCUUGAAUCAUUGUGCUCAACAACCCCCGGAACCUACAGCAGGGUCUUCAAUACCUACAAGAACAUGGAGGCAAAUAUUUACUUGUCCUCCUCAGGGUUUACUGGCUCAAACAGUGACAAAUGUUGCAAUCGUGGUCCUGGUUUGGGCUGUGGUUUGGUCCAUCACUGGGACUGAGUGUCUCCCAGGUGGAAACCUGUUUGGAAUUCUGUUUCUUUAUUUUUUUGCUGUCAUUGGAGGUAAAAUUUUUGGAUUCAUUAAAAUACGAACACUACCCCCUCUCCCUGCUCUUCUGGGGAUGCUACUUGCUGGUUUCCUAAUCCGAAAUACCCCCUUCGUUAGUGACAUCGUCCAGAUAAACCUACGCUGGUCUGCAGCACUGAGGAAUAUCGCUCUUUCAAUUAUCUUGACUCGAGCAGGACUCGGCCUGGAUCCAAAGGCUCUUAAGAAACUCAAAGCAGUCUGUUUACGGCUUUCUUUUGGACCAUGCAUCUCGGAAACAUGCACAGCUGCUGUUCUUGCCUACUUGUUCAUGCAUUUGCCAUGGCAAUGGGGAUUUAUAUUAGGUUUUGUUCUAGGUGCAGUCUCCCCUGCUGUGGUGGUUCCCUCAAUGCUGAUUUUACAAGCUGGGGGAUAUGGGGUGGAGAAAGGUGUCCCAACCUUGUUAAUGGCAGCUGGCAGCAUUGAUGACAUUCUGGCUAUUACAGGCUUCAACACUUGCCUUGGGAUGGCUUUCUCUUCCGGUUCAACUCUCUACAACGUGCUCCGUGGAGUGCUGGAGGUUGCUGUUGGCGUAGCAGCUGGGGGGAUUCUGGGAAUGUUUGUUCGAUAUUUCCCAAGCCGUGAUCAGGCAUCUCUGGCAUGGAAGAGGUCAUAUUUUGUACUUGGGCUGUCCAUGUUUGCUGUUUUUGGCAGCAUCUACUUUGGCUUUCCUGGAUCAGGAGGGCUCUGCACGCUAGUCUUAGCUUUUGUUGCAGGUGUGGGAUGGUCUGAUGAAAAGAGGGAAGUAGAAAAAAUUGUUGCAGUUGCAUGGAAUAUCUUUCAACCUUUUCUUUUUGGUUUAAUUGGAGCAGAAGUAUCUGUUACAUCUCUUAGGCCUGAAACUGUUGGGCUCUGUGUUGCUACAUUAGGCAUUGCCCUAGUUGUGCGAAUCAUAGCAACGUUCCUGAUGGUGUGUUUUGCUGGGUUUAAUUUCAAGGAGAAAGUAUUUGUCUCAUUGGCAUGGAUUCCCAAAGCCACUGUCCAGGCUGCAAUAGGUUCCCUUGCUCUGGACACAGCGAGAAGUCAUCAGGAUGAGCAACUGGAAAAGUAUGGAAUGGAUGUACUGACAGUAGCUUUCUUGGCUAUCUUGAUCACUGCUCCAAUUGGAGCCCUGGUUAUUGGCUUGGCAGGGCCCAGACUUUUGCAGAAGGCCCAGACAAAUAGCAAGGAAGAUGAGGAAGGUGCUGAAGUUGGAGAAGCAGCAGAGGCCUGUGAACCUUCGUAAGACAGACAACUACAGGAAUAUGGUCCUUCAGCUCUUAGACUUCUGUUGAGUAACACAGCAUGUCUGUAAUCUUUCUGGAGGAAACCAAAACCAGUAUCAGUUAUGGCUGCUAUUUUAAAAGCAGCCCUGCUGGAGUUUUAUAAAAUAUUUUUAUGUGUUGACAGUGCCUUAAGAGAUUAAAUAGUUGAACAUAAAGUGAAUAGGCUGGCCAGGCAGUGACUCACUGAGAAGUCAGCAGUCAACAGUUACUUGAAACGUGUGGGUGUGAGGCCAGGGAGAGGAUCAGAAUUGUUCAGGCAUAGAGUGGAGUCAUGAGGUGGAAUAUAAACAGAUGAAAAUGGAGACUAACAUGAAUAACUUCUUGAUGGUUGAAACUGGGCUGUGAGA